AUGAAUCAAGUUGACGAUUAUGAAUACUUUUGUCAUAGUUGUGAAAAUGUGAAACGAACAAGAGAUAUUGAAAUUAUAUCUGGAGGAGAGAUAAAAUGUAAGAGCUGCAAUAAUGUGGGAUUUGUAGAAAAAAUUGACGAAGAUGAUCCACUAAGUUUUCAUUCCAUGAAUUCAAGCAGGGAUAGACGAAAUAAUCAUGAAGAAAAUGCAAACAGUGUUUUUGUGAGUAAUUUAAAUACUCUAUAUGGAAAUGAUAGUGCUAGCAGUAGAACCUAUAAUUCUGGAAAUAAUGUUGAUGUCAAUACAGGUAACAAUGACAGGAAUAGACAAGGGAAUACAAGCAACAAUAACAAUUUUUUUGGAACGAAUGAAAAUUUUUUUAGCGAUUUGAUGAUGUUUAGAAAUAUAUAUCAGCAAAUGUUCAAUACCAAUUUAAGACCAGCUGAUACAGAUAUCCAUUUUACUGCGAAUUUUGGUUCACCCUUCGCCUCAGAAGGAGAAGCAGCAGGAGCAAAUAGUGACCCUACAUCUAGAAAUGAUGCACACGGUAGUAGAGUUUUUUUUGGAAGAAAUUAUAUAUACAACAAUGGAAACAUUGGCAGUACGAGCAGCGGUGCUAAUAGAUCUGGGGAUAGUAAUAGAACCGGGGAUGGUAAUAGAACCGGGGAUGGUAAUAGAACCGGGGAUGGUAGUAGAACCGGGGAUGGUAAUAACAGUGGAGCGAACAGAAACCAGAGAAGAAGCCCAAGAAUUAUCACUAGAGCUAUUGAUAUCACAAACAUUCCAUUGAAUUCUCCAUUAAGAUUAAAUUUCCAUGACUUGAUAGAUAAUAUUUUAACAAAUUCAUUUGAUAACAUAUCUCUGGAUCAAGUAUUAACAAUAAUUAUGGAAAGUGACCCAUCAAGAAAUGGCCCUCCACCAGCAUCUGAAGCUGUUAUAAAGAAUUUAAAAUUAGAAGUAUUAACAAAAGAAAGAGCAGAAGAAUUAGAUUCCUGUGCUAUAUGCAGAGAAGAAUAUAAAGAAAAUGACGAAGUUCAUAGAAUAACAGAUAAUGAAAGAUGUAGACAUGUUUUUCAUACUUCAUGUAUUAUUCCAUGGUUAAAAGAAAGAAACUCUUGUCCUACUUGUCGCUUUGAACUCCCAACAGACGAUCAUGAAUAUAAUUGUAAGAGAGAGGAACUAAGAGAAAGAAUAAAUUCUGAAAUUUCUAGGAAUAACAAUACCGUUAAUAAUUCCGAUACAGUAAAUGAGGUUGAUGGCAGUACUUAUAUUAGUAAUGGUGCUGCAGCAAGUUCUAAUCUUAAUGAAGAGAGAAUCUCUGGAAAUGAUGAUGCCACCACAACCCCAUGUAGGAAUGAUAAUCACGAGAUAGAAAAUCAGAACAGUGAUCCACAUUCUCAAUCAAAUGGUUGUACAACACAACCAAAUGUGAAUUCAAUUGAAUACAACAGUAGUAGAGGUGUAGAUGAAGGAAUUACCAAUGUUGCUCUCUCAGAAGAGUACGAUGUAAAUGUAGUUGAGGAGGGACUUGGGUCAGCUCAAACACAAAGCAUUUUACAAAAUAUUUUUAACACAUUUAUAUUUGGUAAUAAUGAAACAAAUAGAGUAAAUCAAGUUAUCAGUACUCCACAAACAUUUCCUGUAAGUAGCAACCGGGAUGCGAAUAGCCGUCCAAAUAUACCUGAACAGGGACAGGUGAAAGUCGAAGAAAAUAACACAGAUGUAUCGGCUACCAUGGGUGGUGAGGGUAGCGAAUCCAACAAAAAUGAGGAAAAUGAUAAAGGCAAUAAUGAUCACGUCAAUGUGAACCCGAAUGGCAGUACCAUAGGCCAGAACCCGAAUGGAAGUAACGUGGAGCAGAACCCGAAUGGCAGUACCAUAGGCCAGAACCCGAAUGGUAGUAAUGCAGGGCAGAACUCAAGCGGAGGUACCAUAAAUGAGAACCCAUCUGGAGUUGGAAAUUUCAACCAUGCUCAUAUGAGGGGAAGAUUUUAUGGAACCAUGCCCAAUGUAUUUAACAUAACAGAAAAUGUAUUCGACCCUGUGAAUAUAUUUGGAACAUCUAGCAUGUUUUCUACAGGAAACGGAUUCUCUCCUACCACAGGAUUUGUCACAUCAGCGACAUUUGGUACAGGUCCCAACAGAAUUGAGGCAUCUGCAUUUAUUGAUGUUGCAAAUGCACAUAUAAGAAAUAUGAUGAAUAGGGAUGUAAAUGGAAGGGAAAUGGAAUUAACUCCAAAUAUAAUUAGCAACAUUAAUGAAUUAUGUGAAAGAACAGAUAACGAUGGCGAGUUGAAUCGCAUAAUGAGUAGUACAAAUGGGUUCAGCAGUACAAACGUUGUAAAUAGUAUAAGCAGAACAAGUGAUACCAGUUUUGGUAACGAAAAUAAGGAGUGUCCAAGGGGUAAUGUUGAUGGAGAUUCCUGUAACAAAAGUGAAAAUUAUUCCAUAAGUCCAAGUGCAAAUGGUAAUGGUAGUGUGAUAGGAAAUAGCCAAAAUGAAAGAAAUGAUUCUAAGGAACUGCAAAGUAGAAGCACGAGGAGUACAUCUAAGAAGAACGAAAAACGGAUUUAUGAAAAGGUGAAUUUAUCAUACAGUAAUGGAUGUAAUAGCAACAACAGCAGUAGAGGAAACUGCAGAGAUAAUAGUGACAUUGAAAAAGAAGUUAUUCGAAAGAAAUCCAAAAACAAUGAAAGUGAUGAAAGUCCACCAAAUAAUUGCAACACGUGUAAUGAUACGGAUGUGAACAAUGUAUCUACCCUUCUUGGAAUAUCAAAUAAAACGACAAGCAAUAACAAAGAUGAUGAUAAUAUUGAUGCUGGUGGUAAUGAUGAUGUAACGAAGGACGAAACGAGUGAUGUCAAUAAAAAUGCCCAGAAAAAACAAAGCACUGUAAAAAAAUAUCUAUUUGAUAAAUUUAAUUGGCUAAAAGGUUAUGAUAGUAAAGAUAAAGCAAAAAAUGACAACAAUGAAAACUCAAAUCACAGUGGAAAUAAUACAGACGAUAAUAAUAUCCCUCAAACGGAGGAGAAUGAGGACAAAAAUGAGAGUUCAAUGAAUUCUGAAGGCACUGGAAAAAAUGAUAGUUCUAGUGUGCCAAAUUUUUCAAAAAAUAAUAUAAAGCGGGACUACCUCUAUCUCAACGAGAAUGGAAGUGGGAGUGGAAGUGGAAAAAGGAAAAGUAGUAAUUGUGAUGAACAGAAGAGUGAACAUGCUCAUAGCACGAAGGAAGAUUAG